CUUAGAUAUCUACAUCUCGGCCUCCCUAUGUCUGAUGGUUCUUAACCUGUUGAAAACUGUCCUGAUCACUUAUAUACUGUAUCUUGGACAUGCAAAGCAAUUUACAGUGCCAGAGUGGAUAAAAAAAUGCGUUCUUCCCCUUACCAAAAUCCUUUGUGUUAAGUUACCAGAACAAAGAGAGAGGAUGGUGUUCCAUGAUUCUAACAAUGAUGUGGCUGUUGUAACUGUUUCCUCUUAUCCAGAUGAAAAAGAAAAGACUCCAGUUUUAUCAUUUACCAGCAUAAAGGAUAUUCCUGAGAAGCAUCUAUUGUCUGAGAUCUACUCCAACAUACAAUGCAUUCGAAAACAAGUACAGAGGAAGCUGAAGGAGAUGGAGAGGAAUGACCAGUGGAUCAUGUUUGGCAAUAUUCUGGACACAAUACUGUUCAGAAUUUACAUGUUGAUGAUAGUUGUGUACAUUAUUACUCUGGGUGUUAUCUGGGCUGUAUGGUAUAAUAAAGGGAUAUAAAUGUUA